UCCUCAUGCCACCAAUAUAACCUGAUCAUAGCAAUAGGCUUGACAACAAGCCCACAAUGGACUUAUUUAACCCUGCUUUAGUAAAAAAUGUUACCUUUAUCCGACCAGCCUAUUUCAUUAUUAGUGGAUUUAUUGGGUUGCCCGAAAUGAAGUAUUACUAUGUUUUUCUCUUCUUUGUCUACAUUGUUUCAGUCCUGGGGAACACAGCUGUAAUGGCUGUAAUAUACCUGGAUCAUAAUCUAAGAACUCCAAAGUAUGUUGCCGUUUUUAACCUUGCAUUUGUUGACCUGUUGGGUAGCACUGCACUGGUACCAAAGCUGCUUGACAUCUUUCUGUUCAAUCACUAUUACGUCCCCUACAAUGACUGCUUGACAUUCUUGUUUUUCUGUUACACUUGCCUCUCAAUGCAGGCUCUUAAUCUAGUCGCUCUCUGUUAUGAUCGACUAAUGGCCAUCAUGUUUCCUCUGCACUAUCAUGUGAUGGUUACUCAUAAGAUUAUGUUUUCUUUUGUUGCAACUUUCUGGUCUGUUACUGUAUUAGCUGUUCUCAUUGCUGAUGGUCUUCUUACAAGACUUUCCUUUUGUAAGUCUGUGGUUAUUAACAGCUAUUUCUGUGACCAUGGUCAAAUUUUCAGGAUAGCAUGCAAUGACAAUUUUCCAAGUUUUGUUAUUUCAAAUUUGCUUCCAUUUCUAUUUCUUUGGCUUCCUCUUGUAGUAAUAUUUUCAAGUUAUAUUUGUAUUGGCUAUGCUUUAGCUAAGGUUGCUGCACCUCAGGAAAGACUAAAGGCAUUAAAAACGUGCACAGCUCAUCUCUCAUUAGUAGCAAUCUAUUUCUUUCCAAUAAUAAUCACUUUUGUUAUGGCUUCUGGCAUACAUCCAAAUGCGAGGAUUAUUAACCUGUCCUUGACCUCUGUUAUUCCAUCAAUGUUGAACCCAAUAAUUUAUGUUUUUCAUACACAAGAAAUCCGAUUUUCAAUUAAAAGAAUACUAAAAGGCAGGCAUCAAACUAAAAUUAUGAAGUCAGUUUUUUCCUAGGCUUGUAUUUUUAAAACUGGCAUAUAUUAGGACAGAGAAAAUUGAAAAGUUUUGUUAUAGUUUAGUUUUGCAUUAUGACUUAGAAUUACUAAUUGGACUUAAUUAUGGUUUAAAAUAAUCAAGAUUGAAAUAUAGCCUCUGCUACUUUCUAUUUCCCGAUUUGAUAUUCUGUUAAUCUCCUCUUGUUUUUAACAUUUAUGUGAUGUGAGUACAAUUAUAGGUCAAGAAAGAUUUGUUUAC